UGCAGCUUCAUUUCUGACACGCCAGCCGCACCAGUAAGACGUUCGGUGAUAGCGAACUAACGACGUUUUACAGGUAAAAACUGAAAUUAGGGGAAAUAAAGUGUUUCGGGAACAUUUUUUGGGCACUUAUCUGUAGAAACGUUGACAUCUGAGAACUUUUAGACUUUAGUUUUUAGCGAAUUAUCGAGUUUGAGGGGUUUGCUAACACCAACGACAGACAGGGACAGGAAGCUAGCUAAGGUGUCCUUCAACUUCCCUUAAUAUCGGCACUAGUUUAUAAACUGUGACUGGAGCAGUAAUACAAACAUUUUAAUCGUGUGUUUGUGUUCUCUGUGUUGUUUGAAGACUUCGGGGCAAUCCACCAGAGAUGUUGACAAUCUCCGUGUUGAAGGUAAGUGAUGAAGGGACUGUUAGCUGAUGUUAACGGUAAACGGAUACAGCGCCAUUUUGGAAUUCAGAAUGAAAUAACGGUUAACGGAUUCAGCGCCAUUUUGGAAUUAAGAGUGAAAUAACGGUUAAAAGGGUUUUUAAUUUGGUCGUUUUAGUAUGUUUUAGCUUCCAAUCUGGUCGACCUCUGCGUAGUUAUCUUAUUAUAAAGUCAAAAGUUGCCAUAUUUGUGUGAUUUUUGCUCGUGUAACUUUAAUGUGCGUUUGUUUUAACAGGAUUAAACAGCAAAUAAAUAUAAAAAACGUCAGGGGGCCUUUUUUAAAAAUCAAACAUAAAAAACUAAACGUGGAACAUGCUACAUUGCAGAUAGAGUUUUUAUACUAUUAGAGUCUUUGAAAGAGUCACCGGAUUCUGUUAUUGAUCCUGUUACUGAUUAUACUGAUUAUUACAGUAAAUAUGUGUUACAGUGGGGUAAGAUGAGUCACUUUUCACAUUUCAGAUCACUACAUCAAGUCAAUCCUUGUUUUGUCUCUAACUCGUCUAUCUGCAUGUAUUGUAAUUUGUUGUGCAUCCCUGCAAACCAACAGAAUGAGUGUAAACAGAACUGUAAUCUUGGUAAUAUAGCAUGCCAAAAAAAAGUGAUCUCCUAUGGUCAACUUACCCUAUGUAUGGGGUAAGUUGACCAUAAGAGUGGGGUAAGUUGAGCCGUAUCCCUACUUAGUAAGUAAAGUUUAUCUAUAGAGUGCUUUUUACAGAUAAAAAUCACAAAGCGUUGUACAUAAAAUAAGUGCAAUUAGAUAAACAUAAAAUGGUACAAAAAGAUAAGAACAUAUACUAACACAAAUAGGAAUACAGUACAGGUGAAUAUGGAAAUAAGUGCAGAUAUUAAAGGUAAGUAUAGGGGAAAAACAAAACCCUGUUCAUUAAAAGCUUGUCUAAAUAAAAGAGUCCUCAACUGCUUUUAAAAAGUUUCCGCUGAGUUGAUCAAACGGAGGGAGAGGGGCAGAUCGUUCCAGAGUCUGGGGGCUACAGUCCAGACCACCUUCUUCCAUCGCUCUGUGAGGCUCUGUGAGGCGCUGUGAGUCCUGACUCCUUUCUCUCAGAACCAGCAUCAAGUCUUUUUUAAGGUUGCGUUAAUGAGUCUUGGCUGCUCAUGACACGUCACACAGCUAACUAUUACUACAGAUUCAGACAAUGCAAGAAAUCAACUUACUUCACCUGUAAAACUGAACCUGGUCCCUGUGCCGCUUGGGAAACAUGUCCUCUGGUCCUCUGCAGGUUGAGAACCCGUCCUGCCUCUGGGGUCGGGUCAUUCGGGGGCCCAGUGCUGAUACAGAGACUGCCGAACAGUACAACAGUCUGCUGCUUCAGAUGAACCUUUUCUACCACGACAUCACUCAGGACCGGCGAAGGCUGACGGUCACGGCGUUAGAGGAGGGACAGGUAACGCAGCUGCAGAAAGAACCAAGACUGAAAGGAGGGUUGGUGAGGUGUCAGAAGCAGAGAAGCUGGUGUUUGCAGAGGAAAUGAAAGUGUUUGAACAUUCAGCUGCAGACCAAUGUGCAUGAGUGUCAUUGUUAGGUGGUUAUAUCCCAACCCUGCUUUCUCUCUCAGGUGUGUGUGGUGUACUGGCCCAUCAUGAAGUCGUGGUGUCGGGCUGUGGUGGAGUCCAUCAUUAUAGACUCAGUGUCCUGCCAUGCUCUCUGCCUCCUGGUGGACUAUGGAGAACGAUUUGUUGUCCCCUCAGACCAGUAAGUCGAGGACCGGUCCUUCUCAACAUUUCACCUUCACUUGACUAGACUAGUGAGGUCACAAAGGUCAUGGUGUUUACACUGUUUGUCAAGAGAUAUCUGUUUGUUCGUCGUGGUUAUGGAUACAUCCUGAAGCCAGUAACACAUUUAUCCUGAUAACCUUCACGUGUGUCUCACCUCUGUGUUUGCUCCCCUGGUGUUAAUAGGAUCCGAGUCGCUGUGGACGACUUUCUGCAGCUUCCUUUCUGGUUGAGGAGGUUCCACCUGGCGAGAAUCAAACCAGCGACUUUGCGAGUGUCCGUGUGCGAUAAGGCAGAGAUCAUGUAAGUCGGGCUUCUCCUGUUUACUGUGCUGCUGGGUUUGUUGAGCAUGACUUGGUCCAGUUGUUGGUGAGCUUUGUCUUUGUGUUGUGAUGUGAAUAUAAACCCUGGUUCUGUUGUCUGUUCCUCUGCAGUCCAUCCUCUCACUGGGACAGCUCCGCCACACUCUACCUGCACAACCUGCUGAAAGGUGACCAGUGUGAAACCUUUUUUUUGUUUUUAUUCCUGUAGAUUUAAAAUUGUGGAGGAAACGGUUGGUGUAGCAGAAACUAAAGAUGUAUUCACCAGCCAAGAUGAGAUAACGACAGCUGUACACCCUGCUUUAGUUUUUGCACCUGAGGCUGAAUAUCCCCCCCUGUGGAUAAACGAAGUGUUCCUGAUGUGAUUCUGAUAAACGGUGUUGUAAAGGAGUUACUCAGUGUGGGCUUUUAACAGCUGGUUUUAGUGACUUAACAAAGCCUCCUGCUAAUCCGAACCAUCAACUGGUGCUGGUCUGACCCACCCCUGUGAGAUCACCCAGUGACUUUGUGCUUGGAUGUACACUCACCGGCCACUUUAUUAGGUACACCAUGCUAGUAACGGGUUGGACCCCCUUUUGCCUUCAGAACUGCCUCAAUUCUUCGUGGCAUAGAUUCAACAAGGUGCUGGAAGCAUUCCUCAGAGAGCUUGGUCCAUAUUGACAUGAUGGCAUCACACAGUUGCCGCAGAUUUGUCGGCUGCACAUCCAUGAUGCGAAUCUCCCGUUCCACCACAUCCCAAAGAUGCUCGAUUGGAUUGAGAUCUGGUGACUGUGGAGGCCAUUUGAGUACAGGGAACUCAUUGUCAUGUUCAAGAAACCAGUCUGAGAUGAUUCCAGCUUUAUGACAUGGCGCAUUAUCCUGCUGAAAGUAGCCAUCAGAAGUUGGGUACAUUGUGGUCAUAAAGGGAUGGACAUGGUCGGCAACAAUACUCAGGUAGGCUGUGGUGUUGCAACGAUGCUCAAUUGGUACCAAGGGGCCCAAAGAGUGCCAAGAAAAUAUUCCCCACACCAUGACACCACCACCACCAGCCUGAACCGUUGAUACAAGGCAGGAUGGAUCCAUGCUUUCAUGUUGUUGACGCCAAAUUCUGACCCUACCAUCCGAAUGUCGCAGCAGAAAUCGAGACUCAUCAGACCAGGCAACGUUUUUCCAAUCUUCUAUUGUCCAAUUUCGAUGAGCUUGUGCAAAUUGUAGCCUCAGUUUCCUGUUCUUAGCUGAAAGGAGUGGCACCCGGCGUGGUCUUCUGCUGCUGUAGCCCAUCUGCCUCAAAGUUCGACGUACUGUGCGUUCAGAGAUGCUCUUCUGCCUACCUUGGUUGUAACGGGUGGUUAUUUGAGUCACUGUUGCCUUUCUAUCAGCUCGAACCAGUCUGGCCAUUCUCCUCUGACCUCUGGCAUCAACAAGGCAUUUCCGCCCACAGAACUGCCGCUCACUGGAUAUUUUUUCUUUUUCGGACCAUUCUCUGUAAACCCUAGAGAUGAUUGUGCGUGAAAAUCCCAGUAGAUCAGCAGUUUCUGAAAUACUCAGACCAGCCCUUCUGGCACCAACAACCAUGCCACGUUCAAAGUCACUCAAAUCACCUUUCUUCCCCAUACUGAUGCUCGGUUUGAACUGCAGGAGAUUGUCUUGACCAUGUCUACAUGCCUAAAUGCACUAAGUUGCCGCCAUGUGAUUGGCUGAUUAGAAAUUAAGUGUUAACGAGCAGUUGGACAGGUGUACCUAAUAAAGUGGCCGGUGAGUGUAUAAUAGGUCGCCAGGUGAAUUAGAUCUCACCUUUCUCACCUUCUGAUGUUUCAGAAAUCAGACGUUAUAUGAGCAUAAAACUAGAGUGACAGUCCUCAUAUGUUACCUUCCCCUAAUUUACAGAUUGAUGUCAAGCUAUUCCUACGAUUUCAGGAUGUCUUCAAAUGCUUUUCUACUUCCACCAGGGUCAACUCGGACAGAAGCUGUUCUGCUUGAAUCUGAGUCCGACUCCACCUCCAUCGAGCUCUACCUCACUGUAGGAAAUAUCAAGGUACCCUGUCACCGUGCCUCAGGUUUCUGCUUUUGUAAACUGUGCUGUUUGUCUCAAAUAAGGUUUUUUAACAGUUUACCACAAACAAGAACCUGUUGAUUUUUCAGAUCUGCGUAAACGACGACCUGGUGAUGAAGAAGUUUGCGUUUUACAUCAGAGCGUCCGCUGACAGCAGCUGCCAGGACGAGGUGUACCAGUUUCCCGUCUUGUUGCCAUCCAGCGUUUUAAACCCGCUCAGCACUCCUAGAGCUUCAUGCACAGCUGCACAGAGGCCAACAGCAUCUCCCGGUAAACACACAGGCGGUCACAACAACACACAUCUUAACACAAGGAAUCCACCUCACUGCUCAUACUGAUGUUUAUGUCCGCUGCUGCAGACAGACACAGAGCAGAUCAGCUGGUCUUUGAGUCUUCUCAGCUGGUUCGGACAGUCAGGUCCACGCUGCUGCACAAUGAUUACCGAUAUUUACUGAAGCAUUUAACUGUGUACUGAAGUGUGUAAAAAUCAAAUUAUUUUCACUGAUGUUGUGCAGAGAUGAAAAUCGUUCUCCUACUCUGGUGUCCACUACAGUCUUAGAGUCCACUGAAAACCUGCAGCUUGGACCCCUGUCAGCUCUCUGCCUGUUAAAAGUGAAGCAGUGUGGUGAAUCUGAUGAUCUGCUUUACUCCUCAUCAGUGAUGUCACAAGGUGUGGAUGUGGACGGGACAGGUGAUCGGCGUGCGCCUGUCUCUACAGCUCAGGUAAGGGGUUCUCACAGAGUUCCUGUUGGCUCUGAAAUCCACUCCAACACACCCUCACCUCAAACCUCUGUGCUGCUCCAGAGUCAACAGGAGCCGAUGACCCGUGAGGCGGUCGGAGAACAGCAACUGUUUCCAGGCAGCCAAUCAGAGAGCAGCACAGAUGCUGCUACUGUAGACAGGUGAGCUUAAAGCCAAAAACAAACAGGAUCUGUAUGAAGUGCGUUCUGUAUUUUCUCUGUAGAGCAGCGUUGGGUAUCUCAUACAGGAUGAGCGUAUUUGGAGCGUAGCAGCAGCGUCGUGUAGCCCCCCAUCUUCUCAUCUCUGAAUGCAUCAUCAAAGUGGUCACUCAUAUUAAGCACAGACCUCUGAUUAAUAAAAAUUAUCUUUGGUAGAGAGCACAUGGUUCAGCAUAUACAAACAGGGGAAUUUCCAGUUGACAAUCUAUGUGAGCUUUUCUAAUUCUUACUUGUGGUUGAAAAUCUGAUGGUUUCUGAAAUGAUCAUUGUACAUGAAAAGAAUGUAGUCGGGAAAUGAUGUAUUUGCCAAGGAAUAACCGAACGAGGUCAUAAUAAUUAUGUUGUGUGUUGGUCAUUUUGCAGCCCUCUGCUGCUCAUCACACAACCAGCAGGUGGUGUAUAGCAUUAUCACCAUGGAUACACAGAUGUUUGUGUGAUUUUUUUCAUCCACUGCCGCCCGGUUUGUGUCGUGUAGAUGUUGAUUAUGAAAACACUUCGCAAUAAUUUGGAAACGUGAAGGGGGAGCUGCUGCUGCCCGGUGUUUACGGUAAAUAGACGCAAACACCCACCAAGCGGACGCUUCGGUCUCCGAAAACGCCGAGACAAAUUUACAAACAGCCGCUAUUUCAAACAACUGGGCUCAUAAUCGUGAUGUAAACACUUACUUUCUCGCUAGAAAAAAUAUUAUUAUUGAAUGAAUUUAUAUAAUUUGUCCGGAAUGCAGUCGUUCUGUGUAGCUUGUGGUUGGACUAUUUAAAUUUUCCCGGCGCUGCGUCCGGCCGGCACGAAAUGCAUUCUGGGAUAUUUAGUAUGCAUCUGUAUGUAAACGCUCGGGCAGCCGCGGCAUACUCAAAUCAUCUUUGAGUAGUCAGUAGGCAGCAGCUACUGCUUGAGUAGGUAAGUAGAUAGUAGGCAGUAUGCCAUUUCAGACACAGCCUCUGUCACACCUGAAUGCAGUCACUGGACUGAACACCAAAAGUCUAGGCUCCACCUGGUGUUCAGUGUCAGAAUUACAUUUAGAUUUAUGACUGAACUGGAUCACAUUCAGAAACAGAUAAACAAAUAAUCAAACACACGUUUGAAUCCCUACAACACGUACCUCACAGGUUCCUGAAGAUUCUGAAGUUUCCCAGCAGCAGCUACGAGCAGGCAGCUCCCUCUGUGAGUACCUGUUUCCACAUUCUCUGAAUCAAACCUUUUUACUGUCCUUAAAGAGUCUGCUGUGUGUUCUGGUCACGAACAGGCCGUUUACAUGUUUUUUUUUUUUAAUUUUCAGGUGAGUCAGCAGGAGGAAGAUGCAGACUGUGAGCCUGAAGAGACAACUGCAGCCUCCAGCUCCUGCUCAGGACACCAAGUGAACUCUGCUGACACAGCUUCAUGGAAACAGUGAGUUAAUUUGAUCCUUUAUUUGUAGAGUGUGGAUCAGAUCUUUAUGUGAGCACCAAAGCUACUUGGACAUUGUUCACGUUUCUCAUAAAACAUUUUCUCCCCAGUAUAUCAGUCAGUAAAUCCAAAAAUCUUCCAUAAUGUUUCUGCUCUGUUGGUAUUUGUGUCAUUUUCAUGGACCAAGUGGAGCUGCAGAUUUGUGUGAGAGCCACCAGGAUGAAUCUCCUCCAGAUGAGGGAACAGGGUACGGAAAAGUGUCUCUAAUCAUCCAAACACAUGAAACCUUUGUCUGUCACAAUAGAGGCACAAACAGGUGGAGGUCAUGUUGAGUUGAUCGUCUUUAUUCUCUCUGUUUACUGUGAGCAGACCCCGGUAACUUGGUACUGGUACAACCACCUCUUCGCUUCAUUUCCUCUGCAGUCAGCACCGUCGUAGUCUGUGUGUGAGCUGCAGGCGGCGUUCCCCGCCGAGCCUCACGGCAGCUUCGUUAAGUUAACUCCUACUUGGGCUUGUUCUGAGUUUUCAGUGCAACAUGAAACAAAGGCAACAACCUUCGCGUGACGUUUCUCAAGAGGUCAGGAUAGUUGUGUUUGCUGUAAACACGCACUGACUUCGCUUGGCGAUACAACCAAAUCCUGACAUGACCAUCAGUGAUCUGACACGGAUCAACUUUUCGAGAAAUGACCGUGUCCCUCAAACACCGAGUCCAACGUCAGAGUUAAAUUACUUUUUUCUCAGUAAUAAAAAUAAUAAAUAAUCUAGACAGAGAUCCAGUUGUACUAGUGACCCUGCAGGACACCCAGUCUUUGCAGGAUCUUCUAGCCCAGGGGUCGGCAACCUGCGGCUCCAGAACCGCAUGUGGCUCUUUCAUCCCUCUGCUGCGGCUCCCUGUGGAUUUGGAAAAUAAAUAAUUAAUGUUUAAUUAAAAUUUUUUUUAUUCUAGUUUGUUUGUUAUUUUAUUUAAUUCUAAAUUGUAAGAUUAUGAUGCUCUUAAAUUAACUGUAUUUAAUUUUUUUUAAACUCAAAAUAUGCGUUUUAAAUGCUGACUUGCAAAAACCUGCGUGAUAAUGAAGCGGACGUCAUACAGCUCUAAUCUGGAGACGCUGUGCGCUGAGGUUCAGGAGUGAAAGUCACAUUAAGCAAGUAAAUUCAAUAUUUGAAUCGGCUUUUAUUUUGCAAAUGUGUAUCAUACAUUAUUUAGUGAAAUUGUGUUUUUUUUAUUCAUGUUGACAGCUGACUAGACACUCCAAUACAGGACGCACUUUAGUUUCUAAAUGCAGGAUGAUUCAGUUUUUUAAGGGACGGUUGGCAACCUGAGGCUAUUAAGCUCACAGGCAUUAAUCUCUUUGGGGACAUGAUGAAAGUUAAUAUCAUAAUUAGCUUUCUCAAGAACAUUGCAAUCCGCUAACGCGCACGCUUGUUCCGUGAUUGUCCUCUCUACUUCCCGGAGUCUGACCUGUAAAGCGUGGCUCCGGGGGCGGAGCUUGCGGUUGUAUUGUAUGAAAGAUUUUCACAGUAAUUAAAAUGCAGAAAUACUCAGAAAUGCAAUUGUGCACUUAGUUAUGAUAUGUCCUCUAGAAUCAGAAAAAUGCCACAUGAACAUGUCGACAACAAGAAAAACCUGAUUUUUAUCAGAGUGGGUCUUUGAGGGUUCAAACUGAUCAAAAUAUUUUUGUUUACCUGCAGAAAUAACGUUUCGUUUUCUCGGCAGCAGUUCAUUUAUUUCAUAAAUGCAACACACUACAGUUUUUUUAUAUACUUGGCAUAAAGGUAAAAAAAUGAUUUAUGCAGCGUUGUCUUCAUUUUAGAUGUCAAAGGGGUUUUGUGGCUCACUGUGGUUUCUUUUCUGUGGGAGACGGGUCCAAAUGGCUCUUUGAGUGUAAUAGGUUGCCGACCCCUGUUCUAGCCCGUCCCCCACUACAGUCUACAGUCUUGAAGAAUUCUUCCGUACUGUUUGCGUGUUGUGUUCUCUUGUGUUCCUGCAGCCUUUUGGAGUGGCUGAACCCUCAACCCCUAAACUUUGAUCCAUACUCUUCAGGCGAUGAGAUACCCGAGGUACCCGAGAUACCUGAGGUACGUUCUCUCUGUUAUCAAAUCAGAAAAGGUCGGUGGUCCUGGGUUGGUACCCCAACCAAGGGCGGGUGACUCUCUGUUGAUUUAACAGGGAAAAAAAAAAAGCCAUCAACAUUGUGUGUGUGUGUUUCUGUGUGUGUGUUUGAAAGUGAAUUUUAAAGGGAAAGGUUUCUGCUUAUUGUCCAAUCAGACGUCAGUGUUGAAGAUGUUUGGUCGCACCACAGUUGUGUCUCUGUCUCUCGUCUCUGUCCUGUCCUCAGGUCGUUCCCAAUAGUCCCGCCCAGAGUGGGAUUCUGGUCCACUCUGCUUUCCCGGUGGAGCCCUGCUCCGACCUGGACGACGCUCCGGUCACCAACACUCUCCGCCGGGUAAACAAGACCGCGUUUUAAGUUUGCAGCUGUUUGUGAGACUUUUUAUAAGAAAAACUGCUGAAAAAAGGCCGACAGAGUAAAACACAACAUUAUUCAGAUGAGGAAAUGUUCUUAUAUGCAAAGAUAAUUUGUAGUUAUGUUAUGACUGUGUUGUUUUUAGUGAUGAAAAAGGAAAAACAGUUUUUUUUUGUUUGGAAUAUAAUCUCAGAAGAUCAGAGUUUGUCUCUUUAACUUAAGUAUUUUCUUGUUCUGUCUGGAUCGAGUUUUUCUGGUGUUUUUGUGAAUCUAUCUCUCAUUUUAGGUUUUAAGUUUUCAUUAGUAGUCACAUCAAGCCUGUGCCUUAAACUGUUGGAUAAAAAUUAAAGCGAGUCAAAACCAGUAAAGAUCUGUGUGUUGUGUAAAUCAGCUACUUUGUGUUUGCUGCCACUCCUUCAGUCUCAGCAAACAGGAAGUCUGAACAUCUCCAGAGCUCUGUGAACUUCAGCUUAUCCAUGACACAGAGAUUUUCUGAACCUCUGCUCCUCUACUCUUCUUAAACAGAUAAUCCUGUUUAUGUUUUUUUGGGGUGAACAAACUAAAGUCGGGUUUUGUGGUGUUUGCAGUCCUCCAAACGUUAGCUGACACAGCCCAAGGUUCCUGUUGGUCUCCAGGUUUCAGUUUGGUGAUAUAAGAGUCGGGUCAUAGAGGCUGCAGCUGUGAAUUCACGCUGACACAAACCCACGUGUGUACUUCCCUGACAAACGAGUGACUGGUCUGCCUGCAGGUGUUGCGGAGGAAACGGAACAUCAGUUUGUCUGCGGCUGACCGUCACAGCUGGCCAGCUGUGGCUCAUGGAUUCAACACCGUCAUCAUCUCCUCCAACGCCGAUCAGCCUCUCAGUUACCUCCCCCCUCUCCUCGGCCACCUCCUGCGCAGCUCCAUCUUCACCUCCCUCACCUCCAGCACAGGGGUGAGUGUCACUGCGCACGACAGGCGGCCGUAGACCUCAGCGAUCUGGCAAAAAAAAAAAUGAUCACGAUUUAUUUUGUCAUAUCAUCCGAUCUUGAUUAUUGUCACGCUUUUUUUUUUAAAACAGCCAGUUUUAAAGCAUCUGUACUAAAAACUGAAGAAACAAGAGAUUAGCUCAAUAUUUUAUCAACAUGCAAAGUAAAUAACAAAGCAAAUUAAAUAAGAUAAACUUAGAAAAAUAUAAAAAACAUUUUAACCUGACAGUACGAAAAAUGUAGAUAAAUACUCAAUAAUCCAGUGAACUAGUUUACAGUCCUGAGUGUUUCUACAGGUAUGAAAGACCCAAAAUAAACAGAUCGCUCCCUCAGAGAUAAUGAAGACGCCAUAAAAUGUAAAGAGAUGAUGUAAACGUGGAUGAUAUGAUUGAUCGCUGCUUUGGUCUGGUGGCAGCACCGAUAGUCGUGGCUAAACUGCUAAUGCUACUCGUACCGUCAGCAGUGACAGGCUGUGCAGACUCCGUCGUAUUUUCAUGUUUUCCUCAUAAUCAUUCGGGAAGAACUUCUUUAAAUGAAUAAACAGAUCUGUUGUGUUGCCAGUUUUUGAGGGCACCGACAUACCUUACACAUCGGCGUUUUUGCUCGAUGUCACUUUGGAGAUACCCGAACCACCGCCACACAACCGGCGAUCAAUAACUUCUCAACAAUAACAUCUUCAGAGGAUGACUCAAAGUCACGGCUGACAUCUAUUUUGCUGCCCUCAGCUCUGCGUUUAGCUCCACAUUCGGUCAUUCUGUUUAUUUCUUCGGUAACUUGCAGAAGUGAGCAGGAAAAGCUCGACUCUGAUUGGCUGUUGUGACGCACAUUUCUGCUACGUUUGAUCGAGUAAAUAUGCUCUCAGCUGAUCACUGUGAUCGAGCUAAAAUGAAUCACGAUUAUCGAUCAUGACCAUAUUAUGGCCCAGUCCUAGGUGGCCGUUAGCUUUUUGGGGCGCCACCUUCUGGGUAGAGUACAGUGACACAGUACUUUAUUCAGCUCAUUGGUCCGCACAGGUAUCAGGACUCAGUCCAGUUUUUUAAAGCAGCAGAAGUGAUUUUUGUUUGAAACUGAGUUUUACGAUUUUUCACAGAUUAAAAAAGGAAGUUACGCAGUUUUUGAAUGUUCUGCACCAAACAUUUCCUGGUCGAUUGAUUUGUGUCGUGUCGGUUUCCAGCCCUUAGCGGUGCUGUUGUGUCCUGGCUGGGAAAAGGUCCAGGCCGUGUACGACCUGCUGGAGGAGAUAAAGGUCACUCAAACCCUCCACCCCGUGGUUGUGCUGUUGGGCGUGGGUGAAGAUGAGGCCAAGACUGUCAAGAUUCCAAAAAACUGUGAGAAAAUCUCCAUGAUUGUAAAAAUGUGUUUGUUUUUGUUCUGUAUCAGGUUUAUUUUAGAGGAACAUUCAUGUGGUUUCUCCACCACUUCUCUCUGUUUUUACUAGGCCUCCUGUUGGUGACCACCCCCUUCAGUCUGGUCCGUCUGCUGGCCUGUCACUGCUUUCUGUUCCUGCGUUUGUACCACCUGAUCCUGGACGAGGCUGACCAGCUCUUCACUCUCGCUCCAGACCAGGUGACAGACGGCUCGACAUUCGCACUGAUCAGCUGCAGCUAACUGACUACCUGACAUGUUUUUAAGUCUAUUUUACUGUCUUCAUUAACCGCUAUGAGCUACAUCUGAGGAGAUAAAGGUCCAGUUUCAUCAGGUGUUCUGCACACGAUCUGGACACGUCAGCAGUGACUCUCAGAGUGACGCUCUCCUCCACUUUGCUCUAAGCCGGAGUUUUUCCCUGACAGAUGGCGACCGUCCUGCAGCAUUUCCAGAAAGUGACCACCAACACGCAGAAAGGUUCCUGUCCUCAACAGCUCGUCGCCACCGCCAAAAGAUGGACCAAUCACAUGGAGGGCUUGUUAGCCAAUCACAUGCCACACCCCUGUGUUGUCAUCACUAUCCCUGAGGAGGCUGCUCUCUAUGGCAACGUGCAGCAGGUCUGUCUGAGUUUAUGACGUCGAUGUCAGAGUCAAGCUGAAGUGAAAGUGAACAGCAGAUAUUUGUCCUGUGUGACCAGCUGACAUGUUUGACCUCUUACAGGUCAUCCUCACGACUCUAGAGAGCAGCAAGAUCUUCGUUCUGCUCAGUGUGUUGGAUUUCAACCCAGACGUCGGACAGAAGACCCUGAUCGUAGUAAACUCUGCUCAGGAGGUCGAAGACGUGUUCAAGGUGAAACAUCAUCAGCUGAAAUAUGAGUACUCAGCGCUCAGCUCUUCUGCUUCUUCUCACCAACAUUUAAUAAAAUCAGAAAACUACAGAAUCAAAAGAAGCAUUUUCUUAGGAGUUUCAUUUCUGACCCCCAGGCUGUGACCAGCAAGUCAGCGCUCUGCCUCAGGACCCACGAGGGGUUAACUCACAUGUUUGACUUUGUCAUCCAGCAGUGGAGGAAAAACAUCGGGCCUGGCACUCACGUUAUUCUGGGUAAUCUGAGUCUGGAGAACUGGAUGAGCGGUGAAGACUCUUUGGUUUCCUCCAUGAAAGUGAAUGUUUUCAUCUCUGUUUUCUUUUCCUUUGACCUCCAGUGACCACCACCGGGUGUCUGAAGGGUCUCCAAAUCAGAGAUGCCACUUGUGUCGUCCACUACAGCUUCCCCGCUUCUCCAAAAGUGUUUGGCAGCCGACUUUUCUGCAUGGUGGAGAACUUCAGGAACCUGUCAGAGCGAGCAGAACAAAUCAAGUCUUCUGUCCCCGGAGUGAAGGUCGUUCGUCUUUACAGUGUUCGUCUUUGCAGCUUCAAAUGUCCAGUUUGUUAUUCAUCAGUUUUAAUUUUCACCUAUUUCUAUGAUAAAGGUGUCCUCCCUCAACCAAUCAGAGAGCAGCCCUCCUCUCACCAGGUCUGUGCUGCUGAUCUCUGAGAGGAACGCUCGCCAUGUAGUCGGAGCUCUGCGUUACCUGGUACGAACCAACGCCCUGCUGCCCCCUGAGCUGCUAACCUUUGCUCAGGGAUUCCAUGUGGCCCGGGAGGACCAGAAGACCAGCAGGCCUUUCUGCAGAUACAUCAAGAGCUUUGGAGUGUGCAGGUAAACGUAACGAGAACGGCUUCAUGAUGUUGGUGAAGUUUCAUCCUGGUCAAGUCCUCCCCUCCGCAGCCUCGGGGGGGAAACAGCAGUUUUUGUUUCGUUUAGUUCAGAUCAUUAAAGGAAAUCUGGACUCUAAAGUGAAACCGUGUGAUUUUGAAUUUUACAGAGACGGCGGUUCGUGUCCAGACCGUCACAGAUUCAUCCCCCAGCUGGAUCAGUCCGUGCUUCCAGCCUCAGGAGUCAUAGAGGUGAGGGCGUCAGACCUCCUCUGUCCUCUCCUACCUUCUUUUCCUACCCUCCUUUCCUUAGACCUGAAUGUCAAUGUCCUUGGGUUAAGGAAAUAACAAACUCUGCACAUAUUGAUUGGUUGAUUGAAUUCGUUUAGGUUUCGUCAUCAUAAUAAUAUCUGACCUACUGCAUUGAAGUAUGAGGAAAUGCCUGUAAAACAAAUACUCAGUCAGUUUUCAUUUAGUAAAAAAGAGCAAUAAGAAUAAUCAGUAGAAAACGAUCCAACAAAUCUGUUAUUCCUUCAGUUAAAACUGUUGAAAUUUCAUGAAUUAGUAGAUUAUAGUAUCCUGCAAAUUAUGCUGAAAGCUCAUAAAAAAAUUCUGCCAAUCAACGUUCAGUUUCAAGUUUAAUUUAAAAGGAACAGAGAUUCAGGACUAAAUUGAUGGAACGUUGUAUUUCUGUAAAAUGAACCAGUUUAUGGAACAAUCUGAACAAAAACAUCAAAGAAUCAAAGUCAAACAUUUAAAGAUCAAUUAAAGCCAGUGUGUUAAGGAAAUAUGUUAGUCAUAUCUGAUUGUCAUAACAUUGUUAUUUUGUUAAAUGACUGUCUGUGGUGGCCAGCAGCUAUAUUUAUAUUUUUUUUUAUGAUAUAUUUUUUGUUGUGUUUUGUUUAUGUUGUUGUUGCUUUUUUUAUUUUAUUGUAUUAUUCUAAGUUUGUUCUUUGUAAAUUGAUUUCUGGGGAUAAAGGGGCAGAUAAAACAAGAUUAGUCUUCUUUCUGCUCCCUUUCAUUCAAGAUAGGAGAACAUUUGUAUUUAAACUAAAUGGUUUCUUUUUGUUUUUAAAUGAAUGAAAUAAAAAAUAAAAAAAUGAAAGUAAAUAAAUAAAUAGUGAUAAACUUUAUUUUCCAGAACAGUCGUCACGAAAGGGUGAGACAACAAGACAGCAAAAUCAACAAAAAGUACACGAGUAUCUCAAGUCCUGGUUUUACAAAGGCAGAUGUAAACAAGUGUUCACAGUUCCUCAUUCUCAUCGUUAAAACAGCUGAAGUCUCUCUUCAUCUUCACCGUGGGUCGACUUUAACGGCUCUCAUUGGAAUAAUUAAAAGCUGAAGAAAGGAAGAAGAAAGCUUCCUUUGAGUUUGUCCGCUCGCUCUCUCCUCUCCUCUCCUCUAUUUUGAUCCACAUCCAUCAGAAGUUUCAUCCAUUUAAAAUAGAGCUUUAAUCCAGUGGAGCUGACUUCAGAUCAGCUGCUUUCAUACUGAAUAGAAUCAACACCAAUGAUGUGACUGAGCACCCACUGUCCUCUCCGUGUCUUGGCCCUCAUCUUCUCACACACACGUCUGAUUGGACCUCCUUUUUCCUACCAUCCUGUGUGUGUUUCCUGCAGGUCAUCCCUCUCUACAUUAAGACCGCAUCGGUCUUCUACGGCUGUAUCAUCAAGAAGGAGGAGGGAGGUUUCCAGAGCCUGGUGUCUGAGAUGACCUCCUACUACGCCGAAGAGAAACCCAGAGCCACAGAGCUGCAGGAGGGCGGCCUGUACGCAGUGGAGGAGGACCAGAUGUUCCUCAGGUCUGACGUAUAAGAAAAGACAACACUGUGAUUCUGUGACCGACACAAACCAUCACAGUACAACAGCGAAUCAGAGUGGACGACUUUCUCUCCAGUUAUCAGGCCGCUCUCUCUGGUUUUAGAGUACCCUCUAACGGCCGUCUGAGCUGAACUCCUGUCACCAAUCUGUGCUCCUUGUGUCAGGGUGAAGAUCCUCUCCGUUCCUGAAAGAGGUGGUCGCCUGUUCUUCAGCGUCCUCGCUCGGUUCAUCGACGUGGGGAAGGAGGAGGAGGUCAAAUCUCAUCAGAUCCUCCAGCUGCCCGAGCGGUUUCACUCCCUGCCGGGUCAGGCUGUGGAGAUCAUCGUCUGCCGGGUCAAACCGGUCGAUGAAGAGACCAGCUGGCACCCAAAGGUUUUUCCUGCUCAGCCCUUCACUAACGCACAAACGUGUCAGCGCCACUCGGGUUUCUGACGGUGUUUCCUGCACACAGGUCACCAGAGCGAUCAGCCUGAAGAUCAGAGGUGUGCAGCAUCGAGCGCGAGCUGUUUUCAGUCUGGGAAAUUCUGUCUUUGUUGAUCCCAUGGUAGGUUUACUCACAACCAGAACAAACAGGAAACAGUCAUUUUACACACAGGAAGUUGUUGUGCUGAAACACCUGUGAACUCACCUUUUUCUUCUCACAGGUGCGUGUGACUCAGGUGCCCGGUAUGAAGACUGUGAUCAACGAAUACAACGUGCAGUCAGAGAUCCUGAAGACCGGGAUGGGAGUCAGCAACCCGGAGCAUCUGAACCUGCUGAAGGCGCUCUGCCAGGAGACCAAGACAGAGGGCAGCAAAGACGGCGGUCACAUGUCCGGGUACGGAGGCCCGCCUCUGGUUUUGGUGGCGAAUGAAGCGGCGGAUCUUUGUCGGAGUAUGUUUAGGACUGUUCCUCGUAAACACGGCGCACAAAUGUGACAGAUGUGUUGGUUUCAGGUCCAGGGAUGGUCCUGGGUCUCUGGAGGUCCGGAUCAAAGCUGAAGAAGAUGUCCUGGCUGAAGCCUUCAGAGCAGCUGAAGUCCGUUGGCUCUCUGAACCUCCUCCACUGGAGCCAUGUGAGCCACUCAGCCCACCUGACCCCCUGAUCCAGUCCUUUGUCCCAGAACCUGAACCAAACCUCGGUCCAGUGUGUGAUCAGAGACCCCUGAUUGCUCCUCAGGCAGCCGUUGAAGAGAUAAACUCCUUCACUCCUGAUCUGCAGUCAGCUGAGCAGCUGAUGAGGUCUGUAACCUCGCUGAGGAAGUCUCCCCAAAGACUUAGAUAAGAAAGACUUGUUCAACAUUUCAGAGGUCACUUUAAAGGUCACUCUGGUUCCCCCGGAGUCGUUUCGAUGCUGAUGACAGGAUCAGCCAGAAUACCGGUGUAAUAUCAGCCUGCAGAGAUCAACUGGUUUGUCUGUGGUGAAUGUCUUCUGGCUAAAAAACGAUUUUUUGAGACCUGACCUGCGAUCGUACAUCGGUCAUAAUCAGGCUGGAUGAAGAUGUUUUUUUCUGUUUCUGUUCUUUAAUGUCCAGCAGAUAUUAUCAAAGAGGUUGUUUUUAAAAGAGCGGCAGCAAAGAUUUUCCUUUUUACCGUAUUUAUUUAUUCAUUUCUCUGUUUUGAUUCUUGCAGGAUUAGAGAUGGACAAGAACUUCCUCUCACAGUCAGCCAUGCUGCUCCUGUGAACACAGGUUAGAACACACACAUACACACACACACACACACACACACACACACACACACACGUAUAAACAGUAACAGAAGUGUCAGGGUGUCGUGUUGAUAAUGUGAUAUGAAUUAUUGUGUGUGCAGGUGGGCCGGACACGGACAGUGGGACCAGCAGCCAACAAGUCGUCACCGCUAACGAGACAAACUGUGACGAGUCCUCCAAAAGGUUCGAGUCCAGAACUGAAAAAAGUGCUGAAUGUGGAGCUCAGGGAAACUUUGAGGCGCUGUCGGUUGAUUAGAGCCAAAAUAUGUAAAAAUGGACAAGGUUUGAAAAUGAUGAGAUGUCAAUGAUCCUGUAAGUCCUGCUAGAUGAUCCAGACUGUCUGACCACCAAUCUCCACCGCAUCCUGAUCGUCUCCUAAAAGGUCGUAUCCUCCGAUCGUAGCUGAUCGUAACCAUUCAAGUUAACGUGUCAAUUUACACCGACUUCUUUCCGUUCCUCUGCGGAUCGCCGGACUCCUCAGCUGAUCACAGAGUUCUAUUUUUUCUGGACGCCGGAGCAUGGCGGAUAAAUUCAGCACAGAUUAACCCGUGCUGGAAAGGAAGUCGGGCACAGACACAAAAUAAAACAUCCAGAGACGAACAAGUGAAAGGUUUUUAGACGUCAUUUCACCCCGAUGACACCAUGGAUGAGGAGAUGCUGAUUCUAGAAGUCUAGAAGUAGAUUUCCUCCUCUGGAAGGACACAAUCUACUGCUUAUAUGUCUAUGUGUCUGUCUUUAUAGAGACAACUCGUUAUCGCGCAAUUGAAUGUGAAUCUGCGGGUUCUCGUGAGUUCUCGUGAUUACCGCUGUCCGUAAUCCGCCACUUAAUUCGCCUCACAAACGGAUCUGGUAGGAAUUGGCGGAUGGCGAAAAUCACUUGCGUUCCAGAUCGGAGCCGUUCUGGAUGCGGUGGAAAUCCCGGGUGAGUGUAACUUUAGAUAUCUGACGUCUCUGAAUUAAUGCGUUUCAAUCCACAGGAGAGCUCGCCCUCAGAGGUCACCUGCAGAGAUGUUCACCUGUCCUCUGCCUGUGUUUCAGUUUCCACCCUCAGGUCCGCUGGUACCAGACGUCCAACUCUGUGAUUGUAACAGUGAAGCUGACGAACCCGGAGACGGAGCGCUGCGAUUUCCACCCUGACAGAGUCGUCUACAGGUCUGUGUGGAGCAGACCGCCAACGAUCGCUCACUUACUCCGACACUCUACAUCAGACACUCAGUGGAGCCUCUUAUCACGAGGUCUUUACACCGGAGGGAGUGGGUACAUGUUUAGCACGGCGAGCCUUUGUGUGAAUUAAACACAAACUAACGAGAGUCCACACCCAGAGAACCCAAACGGGUUCCUGACCUGAUCUAACAAUGAGGUGUGAACACAGGAAAGUUCAAAUAUUUGGAAAAGAUCCCUUCAGGUCACCUUUCAGAAAUUCUCGGUUCAUUCAGUGAAAAGUUAAAUAUUACCUGUUUCUUCAUCAUUAGAUUUAAUUCUGAUUAGAUUAUUACUUCAGAUCAAUCAGUUAAUCCUUUCAGUGUGUCAUCAAGUCAUGGAGAUGGUCAGCCUGGAGCUCUGCUGAGGAACCUGAGGCUCAGGUUUCUCUGAUAGUUCCUUCAGCUGGUCUGGAUCAUUGGCUCUGCUGAUCCUCCGAACAAAUAUCCCACAGAUCCUUCAUGGGGGCUCAGCUCAGACCACUUUCCGGGUCAUUCAGACACGUUAAAACCAUGUGCUUGGGGUUUUGGCGCUGUGGGCAGGUGUAAAGGAAACCAGCUUCUCUAUAAAGCCACAGAGUGCUUGAAUUAUUUGAGUCGAUAUGUAAUGAGACGGUCAAGUAUAAAGUUAAUCACUUUUAUUUCCACAUUACUCUGAUCAUAGAUGCACCUGCUGUGACAGCUGCUGAGUCGGCCUUUAUUUUGUGAGAUGUUGUUGCUCUUCGGUCAGUGGAGCUGUUGAACAUGUCCAGUUCCUAUCAGACGACAUCAUGUGGCACAAAAUCUGAGCACAGAAGUUCAAGAAAACUUUUGAGUUCAUCCAGAGUUAGUCCAUUUCAACGCUGCUGUUCUGCUCUAAGGAUCCACAGACUCUUCUGGGCUCACGGUUCGACUUUUCAGCCUGUAAUAAAGAGUUUUGAAAUCAAUAUUUUGUGUCACAUGAUUUUUAUACAUCAGCAGGUUUCCAUCGGCCUGUCCUCAGUGUUGGGGAAGAUUGAAAGUCACAUGGUGGGUUAGGUGGACUGUCUGUAGAGCGUAGACGUUGGGGUAAGGGUGGAGUUCCUGUCGGUCCGUUUCUGCCUGAAGACAAACAACGCAGGUUCAAACGGUCUUCGCUGUCCCCACGUCUGAUUCUCAGAGUUGGUUUGGUCCUCCAGUUUCACAGUCUGCUAUUUUCCGACAUCGACAUCAGUGAACGACUCGGAGGUCUCUAUCGGGUCUAAAAGCUGCUCUGUGGGGUCACUUCAAACAUUGACCUCGAACUCCCCGAAACCCGACUUUUUUCAUUUCAGGAAUUUGCAGAUUUUUCCGGCCACCACAGUUUUCGAGUCACUCUCAGCUUCAGCUCUGUACCCUCUUGGACCCACGUCCUCUGAUAGUUCUCAGGUGGUGGUUUGGGGAAUAUCGGCUCAGGCUGAUUCAAACCCAGAUAGAUGAGAUGAAACUCCACAAGCUCAGACUUUUGGCUAACAUAAUCUUAGGAUGUUUCUCUGGACUCUGGGUGGACGUGGAUCAGUAAAGAUCUCAUCCGUCCCUCUCUGAAGGACCAGCCGCAGACUUGAGGGGAGCUGUAGAGACCACAUGAUCUAGUCUUAGAUCUCUGAGGGGUGAAGAAAAGACUCACCGAUGUUUCUGUUGAUUGUGUUCAGUGGCAGAGUGAACAGUCGGAUCUACAGCGCCGACCUCGAGCUCUACGCCAACAUCGCCGCAGACUUCUGCUGCUGGGAAAUGAAGUGCAACGAGCCGGUCCUCAAACUGGUCAAACAACAGCAGGGAUUCUGGGAGAAACUCCUGAAGAACAAGGUCGGGGUCAGGCCGCUUUUUCUGUCACGUGGAUAAUUUGGAGAAUUGAGCAGCAGCGAAGCGACUUUCAAACUUACGUCUCGAGUUUUCUUUGUUUUCCAGAACAUCUUUGUGAGUUAUGACAUGGAGCACUUGGAGGAGGACGAGGACAGAAUCACAAACGGUAUGAAAGUCUCUGCACUCAAGACACGGUCCAUAUAUUGUCUUUAGGCUCUUCUGUAGAGCCGCUCUGACGUGUGUUUGUGUUCAGAUUUAAAGUUCCUGGAGGACAACGGGGAGGACGGCUGGUACCUGAACCCAGAGAGCGGCAGUGACAGCGACAGUGACUGAAGACGAGAGAAAACUCUAAGGAGGACUCUUUGUUAACAGAGAUAUUCCGGUGUAAAAUUAACCUAGGGUCAAACACACCGUAACACCGAGUUAGACCCCCCCUCCAGAGAUGAAUGUUGCCGACCGCUUACUUCUCUUGUUAUACCAAAACGCCACUCUAUAGCCACAAAUGAGGCUCAGAACAGCACCUAACUUCAUCAACAGUACAUAUAGGGUCACAGACAUAGUACUAGACACCAAACAUCUUUUUAACUUUGACUCAUUUCUUUAACAAAGAGACUAAACACAACUCACCUACUCUCUUCCAGCCGCCGCUUGUUUGUGGAGGAGCCGUGACGAGUCGAUCACUGAGUGCCACGGGUCAUUUCCAUGAAGCAAUGAUCAUAAAUGUUCUUCCUUGAGCUGCGUCACCCCGCUGCAGUCUGCGAUGGACGCGCCCUAGGUCUCCGUACAAACAAGCGGCUGCUGGAAGAGAGUAGGUGAGUUGUGUUUAGUCUCUUUGCUAAAGAGACCGGGUUGAUGCUGGAAAUACAGUGGCUCUCUGUAUUUCUAUCCUGCGGUCGUUACUAAAGUUGGUAUAGCUAGAGAAGCAAGCGGUCGAACAUAAUUUUCAGAUGUUGAACAGUUUUGAAUUUUGAAUCCAGUUUUGAUUACUCUUUACGAACUUUCUGAUAUUUUGAUAAACUGGGUUUCUGACUUUCUCGAGCUUUAAAUCAAACUCAUUAAACUAGACCAAAGGAGGGCCUGAAGUAAUUCACUUGAUGUGUAAUGGAUAGAGGAAAUGUUAAAGUCCACUUUUUAAAAUACUCUCAUCGAGUGGCGUUCCUGAAAGUGCGUUUGUGUGCAUCGGUGUGUAUUUGUUUGGUGUAACUCCUGUCUGCUGCACCUCUGCUGUCUGCAUGUCAGAGCUCUGCAGGGACGAGCCGACACAUGCAAACAUGAUAUAAAUGCGACUGCAGAGCCGCCACCACGCAUUUCAUUUACUGUACGAGACAUCAGCUGCCCUGCUGCAAACUUCAUCUCUAGAUUAAAACUAAAACAGCUGUUUAACGAUCGACCCCUUUGGUGGAACCUGCUGCUGCUGAUCUGAAACACGACACUAAAGCAGAUUUUUAAUCUCAACGAGGCUUUCCUGGUUAAAUAGUUAAAAUAAUUAAAAAGAACAAAAUUAAACAACUUCCCAGGGCGAAGGACAGAGUAAAGCCAGAAUAACCGACUCAGAGCAGAAACACAGUUCUGGUAUGAGUGACCCAGUCCAGGUCACACUGAGACUGUCUUCCUUCAGGGGUCCUGAUGACGGUAAAAGACUCUGUUCUGGGUUCAGAAAAAUGACAGAAACUGCUGUCAAAUUUAGUUUUUUUUUCUCUGGGCGGCUGUUCACAGAUUUGGGUUUGAGUACGAUUAACAUUUGAGUUGGACUGUGAACCAAACUUUCAGAUGGAUAAUAAUUCUGAUUUGGGUCUUUAGUUUGUAGAAAUGACAGAUGGUCAGUGUAACAAAAAGAUGGAGGUUUCAGACCCGGGAAGAAAGACCAGAUUUUUUCUCUUUUUUUUUUUUCUUUUUGAAAGACAGACGAAUUAUAAAGUUCAAGAGUCUCCACCUGUCUUACUUUACUGACGGUGACACAACAAUGGAAGCAGCCGGACUCGUUGGAUGGCGAGCAUAAAUCUCAGUCAAAGUAACCCGC